AUCAAAAGGAAAAAUAUCUUAAAUUCAAAAAAAUGAAAACCACAAACGAAAACAUAAAUACAAAAUUGAAUAAACAAAAAUGUCCCAUCCCAUUUCUUCUUCAAUAAUCAAUCAGACCCACUUCAGCGGGUUGCAAGUGCAACCCAAAAACACAAUGCUGCGUACUAAUACAACUUCCUCUUCCUUCCUCAUCUCCCGACCUUCCCUCUCAUCCACCAUCACGAAACUCCCUUUCCUGCAAUUCCUACGAAAGCCCUCAACUUUCCCUCAGAAUUCCAGACCCAUUUCCCUCUACAGGUCCCCCAUGAACAUACUCAAGAACCUCGGCUUCGGCUCCCCCAAAUCCGCCCCGUCCGUGGAGAAUUCCGCCAUCGCUCAGGGUCCGGAUGAUGAUGUUCCUGCCCCAGGUCAGCAGUUUGCCCAGUUCGGUGCUGGGUGCUUCUGGGGUGUUGAAUUGGCGUUUCAGAGAGUCUCUGGCGUGACCAAGACGGAGGUCGGGUACACCCAGGGGUUUGUGCAUAAUCCCAGCUACGAGGAUGUUUGUUCUGGAACUACGAACCACAGUGAGGUGGUGAGGGUGCAGUUUGACCCCAAGGAGUGUAGCUAUGAGAACUUGCUUGAUGCGUUCUGGGCUAGGCAUGAUCCUACCACGCUUAAUCGCCAGGGUAAUGAUGUGGGAACACAAUACAGAUCUGGAAUAUACUAUUACACACCUGAGCAAGAGAAGGCGGCAUUGGAAUCCAUGGAAAAACAGCAGAAGCUCUUGAACAGGAAGAUUGUAACAGAGAUUCUGCCUGCUAAGAAGUUCUAUAGAGCAGAGGAAUACCACCAGCAAUAUCUUGCGAAGGGUGGUCGUUUUGGUUUUAAGCAAUCUGCUGAGAAAGGCUGCAAUGAUCCAAUUCGAUGCUACGGCUAAGUUGUCCAUGUUAACAAGUACUAUGAGAUAAUUAUCAGUUUAUACUUUCUGCCUUUUUUUCCUUAAGCUAUUGUUAUAGUGCUUUUUCCCGCUUGUAAUUGGCAAGUGUGCCUGAUAUAUGUAGUCUAUGAACAUGGAUCUGUAAUUUACUCUUUGUAGAGUCUUGACAUCUAUAUUCUGUAUAUCUACUCUUAGCAGGAUCCCUUAUAAAACGUCAACUAUGACAGAUUAUGGAUUAUAUUUGUUAGCAUGUUUGAAAACAAGACCUCUCUACCAUGCAGGAGG